CACGGAUGGAGAGGAAUACGCGCCGAAGAAUAUGAUUAGAUUUAAUGAGUUUAUCAAUAGUUUUGACGGCAAUAAUAAUAUGAACACAGCUUUUGAUUUCGACGAACCCAUUAAUAUUCAGUUCACUUCCGGCACAACCGGCGCCCCGAAAGCGGCGGUUUUGAGUCAUCAUAAUAUCACACAAAACGCUUACUUUUUUGGAAAACUCAUUACCGAAGGGCUCACGAGUAACAUAUUUUGUGUCAUUCCACCACUUUAUCACUGCUUUGGAUCAGUUUGCGGAUCAAUUGGGGCCACCGCUCAUAAGGGGACUCUAGUACUGCCCUCACCCAUACAUAACGCCAUUGAAACUCUUAAGGCUAUUGAAAAAUACAAAUGUUCAGUAGUUUUUGGCACUCCCACUAUGUUUAUCGAUAUCGUGAACUCAAAUCCUCAAAACUUUAACACCAGUUCAUUAAAACAAGGUAUAAUGGGCGGUAGUAUUUGUCCUAAACAUAUAUUGGAGAAAACUAUGAAAGCCUUUCCGUCGUGUAGACACUUUAUGGUGGGUUACGGGACGACUGAAUGCAGUCCUGUUAUAAGUGCCACAACAAGACACGACUCAGCGAAGCAAGGGUUGGAAACCAUUGGACGACCACUCGAGCUCUUGGAGACAAAAAUAGUGAACACAACUACCGGUGAGAUCUGUCCUAUCGGUGAAGCGGGAGAGAUAUGCAGUCGCGGACACAAUGUAUUCUCCGGGUAUUGGAAUCAAAAGGACAAAACAGAUGAAGUGAUCGACAAGAAUAAGUGGUAUCACACGGGAGACAUCGGAACAAUGGAUGAAUUGGGAUAUAUUUCAAUGUGCGGUCGACUCAAGGAAAUGAUAAUAAAAGGCGGAGAAAACAUAUAUCCCCGAGAAAUAGAAGAAUUUAUUAUUAAACACGACGAGGUGUUUGAUGUCCAGGUUGUGGGGAUUCCUGACGAGAGAUUGGGAGAAGAUUUGGUGGCAUUUGUUAUAAAGACACCGAACAGUACUUUAGAUAAAGACUCGUUAAGAAGUUAUUGUAAGGGAAAGAUAAGUGAUUACAAAAUCCCGAGAAAUAUUGAAUUUGUGGACGACUUUCCCCGAACAGUGACCGGAAAGAUACAGAAAUUCAAACUCAAACAAAUCGCUCAACAGAUGUACGACAAA